AUGGUAUCGCAUGACCCAAAGCAACCGCAGCCGACCAACGUUCCACCGAGCCAGACUUCUCCACCCGAACCCACGCCUUUUGCGCCCCAGCCACCUUCCGAAUUUCCCAGCUGGGUCACAGAGGCAAUUCCUGAGCUAGAUCUCGUCAUAGAAGAUGUCCUGUGUCCAGGAGCUACGCUAUUUCUUACUCUAGUGCAACCGGGAAAACUACUGCAAGAUGCCGUCGCUGGUGUGCUUAUGGAACUUUACGAUAAAGAAACUGUCCCAAAGAGAGUUAAAUUCCUCCGUGUAAUCAUCAAGGAGACUAACGGAGUCGCCGCAACAAGCGGAGAUGAAAUUCGAAAGACGAUAGUGUUCAACGCUAAGUACAUUGCCCAGGUCGGGCGGCGUGCAAAGGAUGAGAUACUGGGCGUCAUACGACAUGAGGUUGUCCAUUGUUUCCAACACGAUGCACAAGGCACCGCGCCAGGUGGCCUUAUCGAGGGCGUCGCCGACUUUGUACGCUUACGCGCAGGCUUUGCUCCUCCGCACUGGAAGCGGGGAGAUGGCGGUGGUCGUUGGGACUCUGGGUAUGAGCGAACAGCAUUCUUCCUGGACUGGCUUGAGCGCACGAAAGGGGCGGGCACCGUCAAAAAGAUAAAUGUGGGGCUUUCUGAGGGAAAAUAUCAAGAGGGGUGUUUUUGGAAGCAAGUGUUAGGAGAGAGCGUCGAUAGUCUGUGGGAGAGGUACAAGAAGAGUUUGUAG